AUGGCAUCAGAACAUAAGGAUUGUGAUGGACGAAUACGAUGUCCUUGUGUGAGAUGUAUAAAUAGUAGGUUUGAAAAAAUAGAUAGGGUUAGAGCACACGUAUUUGAUCGAGGUUUUAUGCAAGGAUAUGAGAAGUGGAUUUAUCACGGGGAGCCUGAGGAUGCCGUCGUUGAUGUAGCAUUUGCCGAUGUUGAAUCAGAGGAUGAAAUGAUUCUUAUUUUAGAAGACUUCUUUCCCUCGACAACUGAGGAACCACAAGGAGAAGAUGAACAACCAACCACAAACCCACAAUUUGAUGACUUAUUUGAGGAAAUUGAAGCUGAAUUGGGAAAAAUUCCUAAUAACAUCUUUGAAGAAUUAUUGAAGCUCUUAAAGUUUGCGUUUCCGAAGGAAAAUAAUAUUCCAUCAACUUACUACGAGGAAAAAAAGAGAUUGAAGAAAUUAGGCUUGGGUUAUGAUAAUAUCGAUGUCUGUUUGUAUAAUUGUUGCUUAUUUUAUAAGGAGAAUGCAUCCAAGGAGGCUUGUCCAGUUUGCGGAACUAGUCGUUGGGUUACUUCCGAGAACGGGAAAGGAAAAAAAGUUCCUUGCAAAGUCAUGCGAUACUUUCCGUUGACACCUCGACUUAAAAGAUUAUAUAGUUCGAGGAUUACAGCGAAAAGCAUGAUAUGGCAUCAUACUAGAAAAUCAAAAGAUGAUGGGGUGUUGCGACACCCAGUCGAUGGUUUAGCUUGGAAAGACUUUGAUACAAAACAUCCCGAGUUUGCAAGGGACCCAAGAAAUGUUCGACUUUGA